AACUUAAUUAAAUCAACAUCUUUCCAGGUAAACAGAGGUGGAGAAUUUUUAAAGUAUCAUGUGACGCUUACCUUGCAAAAUCGCUGGGUAUAAAACAUACAAAGAACGUCACAUUUGCCACUGACGUUUGCAAGGAAACCAGGAAUUAAGGAAAUACAGUGUUCCAAGCGGAAAACAUGAAGAGUUUAGCAGUUGUCGUCUUUGUACUAUUUGCACUCGCCAUGGCGAGCUCAGCGGAAGGAAAGAAAGAAUUCUGCGAUUAUCCUGGAUGUACAUGUUAUUACUACAAAGAUCCUUGUCCUAAGGGUUACUACAACUGCUCGAGGACUAAAUAUUGUACACUGAAGACAAACAGACCUUGUUGUUAUCCUACAGAAGAUAUUAAGAAAAAGCAAACGAACGAAAUUAAAGAAAAGAAAUUCUGCGACUAUCCUGGAUGUACAUGUUAUUACUACAAAGAUCCUUGUCCUAAGGGUUACUACGAUUGCCCGAAAUCAAGAUACUGCACAUUGCGUACGAACAAACCUUGCUGUUAUCCUACAGAAGAUAUCGAAAAAAAGGAAACGAAAGAAAUUGAAAAAAAGAAAUUCUGCGACUAUCCUGGAUGUACAUGUUAUUACUACAAAGAUCCUUGUCCUAAGGGUUACUACGAUUGCCCGAAAUCACGAUACUGCACAUUAAGUACGAACAAACCUUGCUGUUAUCCUACAGAAGAUAUCGAAAAAAAGGAAACGAAAGAAAUUGAAAAAAAGGAAUUCUGCGACUAUCCUGGAUGUACAUGUUAUUACUACAAAGAUCCUUGUCCUAAGGGUUACUACAACUGCUCGAGGACUAAAUAUUGCACACUGAAGACAAACAGACCUUGUUGUUAUCCUACAGAAGAUAUUAAGAACAAGCAAACGAACGAAAUUAAAGAAAAGAAAUUCUGCGAUUAUCCUGGAUGUACAUGUUAUUACUACAAAGAUCCUUGUCCUAAGGGUUACUACGAUUGCCCGAAAUCAAGAUACUGCACAUUACGCACGAACAAACCUUGCUGUUAUUGAAAAAACCCACAAAGAAAUUCAUUGUAAUUAACUAUGCUUGAUUCAGUUAUGCUAUGCAACAUGGGUAGAUAAAUGAUUAAAUAUUUUUGAAAUGAA